CCCGCCAGCUCCCGGAGCCGCUUAGCCCCGCGCCGGCGCCCGCAGCCCGCCCUAGCGAGUCAGCCCGCGGUCCACCCGCCGCGAUUCGGGAUCGGAGGUCCGGACUGCAGGCUCGCCGCCUCCCGGGCCGGCUCCGUGCCGCGCACUCCCCGCGUUCAGCGCCCGGCGCCCUGACGGGCGGAGCGCAGCAUGCCGCAGCUGGACUCGGGAGGAGGUAGCGCUGGCGGCGGCGACGACCUCGGCGCGCCCGACGAGCUGCUGGCCUUCCAGGAUGAGGGCGAGGAGCAGGACAAGAGCCGCGACAGCGCCGCGGGCCCCGAGCGCGACCUGGCCGAGCUUAAGUCGUCGCUCGUCAACGAAUCCGAGGGCGCGGCCGGCGGCGCGGGGGUCCCGGGGGCUGGCGCCGAGACCGAGGUCCGGGCGGAGGCGCUCGGGCGGGAACACACUUCGCAGAGACUUUUCUCAGACAAACUUCCAGAGUCUCUGGAGGACGGCCUGAAGGCCCCUGAGUGCGCUAGCGGCAUGUACAAAGAGACGGUCUACUCAGCCUUCAAUCUGGUCAUGCACUAUCCACCCUCCUCGGGAGCAGGGCAGCACCCCCAGCCGCAGCCCCCUCUGCACAAGGCCAGUCAGCCCCCCCACGGUGUCCCCCAACUCUCUCCUCUCUACGAACAUUUCAGCAGCCCACAUCCCACACCUGCGCCGGCCGACAUCAGCCAGAAACAAGUUCACAGGCCCCUACAGACCCCUGACCUCUCUGGCUUCUACUCUCUGACCUCAGGCAGCAUGGGACAGCUCCCCCACACUGUGAGCUGGUUCACCCACCCGUCCCUGAUGCUAGGCUCUGGAGUACCUGGUCACCCUGCAGCCAUCCCACACCCGGCCAUUGUGCCCCACUCAGGAAAGCAGGAGCUACAGCCCUAUGACCGAAGCUUGAAGAGCCAGGCAGAGGCCAAGGUAGAGAAGGAGGCCAAGAAGCCAACUAUCAAGAAGCCACUGAACGCCUUCAUGCUGUACAUGAAGGAGAUGAGAGCCAAGGUCAUCGCAGAGUGCACGCUCAAGGAAAGCGCUGCCAUCAACCAGAUCCUGGGACGAAGGUGGCACGCACUGUCUCGGGAAGAGCAAGCCAAGUAUUAUGAGCUGGCCCGCAAAGAGAGGCAGCUGCAUAUGCAGCUCUACCCAGGCUGGUCGGCGCGGGACAACUAUGGAAAGAAGAAGAGGCGCUCAAGGGAAAAGCAUCAAGAAUCCAACACAGAUAACUCUCUUCACUAUUCCUAGGAGGAAAAAGAAAUGCAUUCGGUACUUACCCGGAGAAGGCCGCUGCCCCAGCCCAGUUCCUUCCGAUGACAGUGCUCUAGGCUGCCCCGGGUCCCCAGCCCCCCAGGACUCGCCCUCAUACCUCCUGCUGCCCCACUUCCCCACAGAACUGCUUGCUAGCCCUGCAGAGCCGGCCCCUACAUCACCAGGUCUCUCGGCUGCUCUCAGUCUCCCAGCCCACUGGGCCCCCACAGGCUCCCUGCAGCGCCCCGCAGAGUACACAGGUACAACAACAGGAAUCUCAGAGACAGGCGACCCAGCAGGC